AUGUCCAGCAUUAACAGCGUCAUUGUGCUCGGCGCGACAGACACGAUCGGCCAAGAGAUCAUCAAAGCCCUGCUCGACGCAAGAAACCCGGAAUUCACCGUGACCGCCGCUCGACGACCACGAUCUAAUGCCUUGCCCCCCACCGCACCAUCACACUUCACACCCCAACCCCCGCCUCAGGGAGAUAGACCGUGGACUACCCAUCCAGUAUCUCACUCAGGCACGCCUUCACUCACCAGCACGCCACCGCCGAAGCCAUCAACCCCCGCGCCGCCGUCCACCAUGAGCGCAUCCAGCGACACCUUCCACUCGCACGCCCACGAGCUGCAGAUCUUCGUCUACAAGCUUCACGCGCAGCAAGCCCUCGAGCGUCUCGUGCAGCGGCAGCCCCCGCGCCCCGACGGGAACCGGCUUGCACUGGAUGGCGCUGAUCACGGGCCCGUUGUUCGAUUGAACCAUCGCCCAGGGCAUCUUUUGGGUGAACCGCACGACGCACCAGUCGUGGGCCACGCCACGGCGGCCGUGCUGCGCGACCCGGUGCGUUUUCGCGAUCGACCGGCGAACUUCGCGGAAUUUACGGUCAGCUCGAAGGAGCUGUUGGGGAUUUUGCAGGGGCGAGAGCAGCAGCAGCACAAGGAGGGGGGCGAGGAUGAUGUCAAGCGUGCGCGGCGAGUCCGGUCGCGUUGGAUGGUUGGGUGGGUUUGGCGAGGGAGCUCUGGGAUCGGGAAUCCGCGGGCGGCGUGCAGGAUCAGCUCAAUACGCGGGUAUCAAAUGCUGGCGACGUACGGGCUCUUCGAGGAGGGGAAUCAAUAUGUGUGGACUUGAACGAUCGGGUUGAGGCGGGGUUUUGGGAAGGAUUGGGAGGGGUUCCGUAGGGAUUUAUUUAGGGC